AUGCUCAGGGGCACAAGCUAUCGGCCCGGCAUCACAGGCAGUCAUCCAUCGCACGUUACGAUCUUGCUGAGCGCGUCAUUGCAAAAUGCUGAAUUAAGUGCAGGGGCAUGCGAGAGGCGCACCGCAAUAAAGUGGGUGUUGAAACCGGGCACUGCGGGAGGCGCGAGUCCCAACGCAGCGACCGGCGACCCUGCAGGCGUAGGUGGCCUCGGUAUGAGACUGUCGCAGCGGCGUCUCACGAGUGAUAAUGCAUGUAGUUCUCCAGACUCUCGCGUCUCAUUGCUGAAAAAUUUAGAAAUCCAGGAAAUUGUGCGACGAGGUCUGAAGAAAUUAGCGACGAGUGAGCGACUUGCAGAUCAGCGUGCCACGCUGGCGGAGUCUGAAGUGCAUAGCCUCAAAGAGCAGCUCCAGAAUUUCAAAGUUCAAUCCUCCAAAGAAUGUCUAACUAACAACAACAUUAACCACAACAACAAUAAUAGUAAUCACAACCACAACACAAAUGCUACUGAAAAUAACAGUGGAAACGACAGUGAAACUGACGCGGUAAAUAGCAGCAGCAAAGAACCUGACGAAUCGAACGGAGGAACAAGCGAGGCUGAAAAUAACGUAGUGGAAUCGUCCGAAAAUUACUCCAGUGAUAAGGAGAGCAGGAGUGAAGAUGUCAAGAAAGAUAACAAAGAGCAUUACGAUCAGAUUUCCAAACUAGAGGAAGACAUCUUCAGACUGCGCACAGAGCUGUCUGGCAUGAAGGAAGCGUCGAGUCUGCAAGUGCACAGCCUUGAGGAGCAAAUAGAGGAGAAGAACAGACAAAUUAAGAGACUUGAGCACAGACUAGAAAACAAGGCUGAUAUUGCCGACAAACUGGGAAAUGGCCGAGAUCUCCUAGGUCUCACUCCGAGGCCUUUCGACAGCCUGCUGGCCGAGAGGACCAAAGUAGAAUUCGAAAUGAAAAUCCCACCUUCUGACUUCGGUCACCCACAGCUCGGAUCACACCCCCUCCACCAGCCUCUCCGGCCCUCCAUUCACCCCCACCACUUGGGGAACUCCCUUGCACCUCCAUCCCUCAUUUCCCCUCUCCAGCCUCUUGCUCCACAUCCUCCCCCCUCCACUGCACAUCUCCACCACCUCCUUGGAGAAGAGUGGAGGCGGUCCUUUGAACGUAACUCCAUGGAGCGACAUUCCAUCAACUCCGCAGGCCAGAUGUCCCCCGACAGCGGGGGUGUCAUGGGACUCCCCGCCUCUGGGGAUCGCAAUGACUCCAGAGAGUCCCCACUUGGAGACUCCCUCAUGAAGAGUCCCUCAUCUUCGCUCCCUAACGGAUUCCCUUCAGAGAGCAAGAGUCCUUUCCAGUGCCACGAUGACCGGUCCUUCAAGGAUGAAUUUCCUCCUCAUUUAGGAUUCAAAUUCGAAGACAGAAUCACCGGAGAAUCUCUAAUUCCGAAGGGCGAUCCAAUGGAGGCUCGAUUACAGGAAAUUCUAAGGUUUAAUAUGGACAAAUAUUGCCAUCAAAGUCUGGACACUCUGCAGCUGUCUCGUCGCAUCCGUGAACUCUUAUCCAUACACAACAUCGGUCAAAGGCUCUUCGCCAAAUACGUCCUAGGGCUGUCUCAGGGUACAGUCUCAGAGCUGCUGUCAAAGCCUAAGCUCUGGGACAAACUAACAGAAAAAGGACGCGACUCUUACCGUAAGAUGCACGCGUGGGCGACCGAUGAUAACGCUGUCUUCCUUCUCAAGUCCCUCAUUCCCAAAAGAGGUGAGCUCGCGACGACCGGUCUGCAGCAACGCCAGCCGCCACAAUUCGGAAACGGCCUAUGCCCCGAUGCACGAAAUGGCCUCAAUGCAAUGCAUGCUUCAUGGAACCACUUUAAAGGCACUCACAAAGAUGGCGUGCCAGGCAUGCGCGGAGGAUCUGAUGAAUCCGUCACCGAAGAACGCAUCCAACACAUCCUCAGUGAGGCAUCCAGGGCCAUGGUAGGACCUCAUCCAGGCAUCCCUCUGCCACCUGGCAGUCUCGCCAGCAGCAUCAUGGUGCCCUCAUCCAUCGCCUCAUCCAUCGCAAGCGCCAAUAAUGACCAAGACUCGCGGAGCACUGACUCCAAAUCUCCCGCCAGUUCCACGCAUUCGCCAAGUCCUUUGUCGCGGGACAUCUCAACACCGCGCAUUCGACCGCGUCCUCUAAGCAAGGAAGAACCUCCGACUUCAGGCCCCGGCAACCCUGUAUCCAUGCUACCCGACCACACGCCUGAGAAGGUCGCUCGUUUCUACCAAGAAGAACUCAUGCGACUUAUGGGCAGACCUACUCUUCCACAUGAGAACAAUCCUCCGCCUCCCCUUCCUCCACUUCACCGGGAACAUCCCCAUUAUCCUGGGUUACUUUUCCCGUUUUUGGGGCAAAGUUUACUUUUUCAUCGCGGUCCCGACGACGUCAAGAUGGCUCUGGAUGCGUACCAGCAAGAGUGGAGUAAACUACAGGGCGCUGCAGCGGCGGCCACUGGCAUGGGACUUGGUGCGGCCGGUCUUGCCAUGGGUGGCCACCCGGGUCUCGGUCUCGGCGUGGGAGGGUCCCCGUCCCUGGCCAUGGGGCUCGGUCUUGGGGCCGGGGGGCUGCACAAUGGGGCACAGGAUCUGUCGCUCCCCAAACGCGAGCCCGGUCACCGCAACGGCGUCGACGACGAUGAGGAAAAUAAUCAAAAUUCCAUGCAGUGCGGACCUUUUGGCAUCCCGCGUAGCAAGGCGGAAUCAAUUCUCGGGAGCGCUUCUUCCAUUGGCAGCCUCAUGUCAAGCUCCGUGGGUGAUGACUCAUCACCAGUGACGUCAUCACAGCUGAUAGUGACGACAGCAUCACCACUGCAGAGAAUGGCCUCCAUCACCAACUCGUUGGUGACAGGCCCGCCUCUGGGUGCUAGUCACGGACUCUCCCAGAAGCCGAUGAAGGCCGUGCUACCACCCAUCACCCAGCAACAGUUUGACAUGUACUCCAACAUCAACACCGAAGAAAUUGUUAAGAGGGUUAAGGAACAGCUAAGUCAAUUCAGCAUCUCUCAGCGACUCUUCGGAGAAUCAGUGCUGGGUCUGUCCCAGGGCUCGGUGUCUGAUCUGCUGGCCCGACCCAAACCUUGGCACAUGCUAACCCAGAAAGGGCGAGAACCUUUCAUCCGCAUGAAGAUUUUCCUGGAGGACGACAACGCCAUCCACAAACUCGUCGCAUCGCAAUACAAAAUCGCUCCCGAAAAACUAAUGCGCACAGGCGGUUAUGGUGAGCUGUUUAUGGCAGGCACCAGCAAGCCCCACCACAUCAAACUCCCCGCUGACCUCCCCAAACCCAUGAUGGAGUCCCCGCUACCUCCAGUCGGAAUCCCCGCGUCUAUGGGAGGCAUCCCCAUGCCCUCCCAUCACCCAAUGUUCGAGAACCGUCUUCCCCCUCUGGACCCUCUCAGAAAAAUUGCCCCGAACCUUCGCUCGCCAGGGCCACUGAUGCCUUCAGUUUAUGAAAUGGCUGCCCUGACGCAAGAUUUAGACACCCAGAACAUCACAACAAGAAUCAAGGAGAUCUUGCUCGCUAACAAUAUUGGGCAGAAGUUGUUCGGUGAAGCAGUUUUGGGCCUAUCGCAAGGCUCUGUUUCUGAAUUAUUGAGCAAGCCUAAGCCAUGGCACAUGCUAAGCAUCAAAGGCCGCGAACCAUUCAUAAGAAUGCAGCUUUGGUUAACCGACCCCCACAACAUCGAGAAACUUCAGCACCUCAAAAGUGAGAGGCGUGAGGCCAGCAAGCGGCGACGAGCUCUUGAUCCAUCACAUGAUAUUCCAAUUGAUAACUCCGGUGAUUUUCAAGUACCUUCACCUGGAGGCUCGUCCAAAAAAGCAAGAGUAUUGUUUUCCGAAGAACAGAAAGAAGCACUGCUGCUCGCUUUCGCCCUUGACGCCUACCCAAGUCUGCCCACUGUUGAAUUUUUAUCCAAAGAACUUCAAUUAUCGCCCCGCACAAUCACCAACUGGUUCCAUAAUCACAGAAUGCGUCUGAAGCAAAUGCCACCUAGUCCUCCUGAUGGCCCUCGAGAUGCAUCGAACCCACCCCUCGACCCUCUCCACUUCCGUAUUCUUUUGUCCCAACGUUUGAUGGAAAUCCGUCAAGAGAAAGGGUUGCCCCCCUCCCUACACCAUGGACUUAUGCAUCCGUUUGGCGGACUUCCAGGCUUGGACUUGUCGCUAAAAGUUGAGCAUGAAGGAGACGAUUCGAUAAAUUCCGUAGUUGAUGACGAUUCUAAUAUGUCAAUGGGUGCGGGAAGUCCAAUCAAUCGGGAUGAUGAUGAAAACGACGAUGAUGACAAUCGGUCAUCUUCGCCCGCUACUCGGACGGCAUCCAGUCGUCGCAAACCAUCUCUUCCCCAGUGGGUGAAUCCUGAGUGGCAAGCCAAUGGCGUAGACGCCAACCGGCAGGUGAUAAUUAACGGAGUUUGUGUGAUGCAGACCGAUGAGUUACAUCAACGUGACUCACAAGGACCGAUGUUAAUCCAACCAUCACCAGUAAUUGAUGAUGCCCGACACUCGCCAUCGAGCGUAUCUCAACGCAGCGUCGGCAGUCCUCAGCCUGAUGCUGCAGUCGACUCCCCAACAGGGGCUGCUGGGCUCCCUUGUUCUACCUCACCAAUCCCCACGCCCACAGCAGAAGGGGAUGACAGAGAGGCCGAGGCUGUGACGCAAGCCCCUAGCCAUGAGGACUCGCUAUUGAACAGCCCGGAGAAAGUUGAAAGUGAAGCAUGAGGAUCGACUUUACCAUAAGCGGGGAAGUAACAUGUAAUAAUUUUACAUUCAUGUGAAUCUCAAUUGUCAGAAUAACCUAUGAUAGAUUAUAGCCUUCUCUCAAUAUUUUUAAUAAUCUUAUUCCAAUUCCUAUUUACGAAAGUUUUCAACAUACCAAAAAGCUAGGGCAGUAAUAGAUUGUAAAUAUUGAUGGCAAAUGAGUAUGUUGGCUAUAUAUACACAUUUUUCUAAGUCAUCACAGUUCCGCUUCCAGAUAAUGGAAAGAUUUGCGCUUUAGUUUUACUACUUUUCCUCUCCCAGUGAAAUUCAUUAGUUUCAAAUAACGGCAAUGCUGGCAAACUGAGAAAUCAAAGGAUUUCUAACAUUAAUCUAGUCCUCAACGAUUAAUCGCUACGCGGUUCAGAGGCUGCAAAUUUUGCCUAAUUUCAGCUUGUCUAGUCCCAUAUUCCGCUGUCCAUGUGGAAAACAUCUUGAAUGAUCCGUGAGAUAUUUACAUGUCUGACGAAAAAUUCAGGGCAAUGAACGAGUGGGUUUUACGAAGUUCCAUCUAAGCAGCAAGCUAUGAAUCAAUAUCAAUGCUUCGAGCUUCAUUUUUUUU